AUGGCGUUCCCCAAGGACAUUCAACGAUCAUCAGUGAUCGCCUAUUGUCAAAAUCCGUUACCUGACAAUAUUGUUAGUCAAUACGGAAAACGUGUUAUCAGGAUAUCUGAUCAGGAAGUGGUGAAGUGGGGCCCGGAUGUAACAAAUGGAGAAGCCGAAAAUCAAAGGAUAGCCUACGAACUUGUGGAUAGUCGCAUAGUCCGUAUUCCACGUGUGUAUGCUUUCUUUUCUGAUGAGCGGGGCUGGGGCUAUAUUGUGAUGGAGUUUAUAAAAGGGAAGGUCAUUGAUCCAUUGGAGGAAUUAGGCGCCGUCAAAAAGGUUGCGGGUGUGCUUGACUAUUUCACAACACUACGGCACGCCACUCCUGGCUCUCUAUGUGGAGGGCCUUGUCGUGGGCUCCUCUUCCCUGACACUGAAGAUCUGGUAUUCGAAAGUCCCGACGAGAUGGAGAAGUGGUUUAAUAGUCGACUGCUCUCGCACAAUCCGAAACUGUCAUUUCAGGGCUGCGACUUUGUGCUCUGCCACUUAGAUGUAGCACCUCGAAACAUCCUGUGGCAGGAAGAUGGUUCUCUGUGCCUUAUUGAUUGGGCAUCUGCCGGCUACUAUCCAAGGUUGUUUGAGUUCUGCGUGCAGUGGAUUACUGAAGGAAAGGACGGCAGCUUUAAUUCCCUUCUCUUGGACACGAUGAAUCCUUUGCCCGGUCAAGAGAUGGCGCAAAAAGAGUCCAUUAUGUGUGUUUGGAGAAAUAUUCAGAAGUAUCCUUUGUGA